AUGGCAUCUUGCGGACCUUCUAACGCCCUACAAAACCUGUCGAAACAUGCGUCAGCAGAUCGAUCGCUUCAGCAUGACCGAAUGGCCCCCGGUGGCGCUCCUGGCGCUCAGCGACAGCAGUUUCGAUCUCAGACCCAAGGAGGACAGCUCAACAAUGAGUUCCAGCAGUUUGCCCAAGCAGGACCGGCCCAUAACUCAUUUGAACAGUCUCAGAUGGGCCCACAUUUUGGCCAGCAACAUUUUGGCCAGCCCCAUCAACCCCAGAUGGGUCAGCACGCCCCCAUGGCACACGGUCAACAAAGUGACUGGGCCCAGUCUUUCAGUCAACUGAACCUGGGUCCUCAAACCGGCCCUCAGCAUACUCAGCAGUCCAACUGGGGUCAAGAUUUUAUGCGACAAAGUCCCCAGUCACACCAGGUCCAGCCCCAGAUGGCUAACGGUGUGAUGGGCAGCAUGUCUGGUAUGUCCAGCUUUGGACCCAUGUACUCCAACUCACAGCUCAUGAACUCCACGUACGGCCUUCAAACCGAACAUCAGCAGACACACAAGACGGAGACGAAGAGCUCCCAGGAUGCAGCGUUCGAGGCCGCCUUUGGAGCAGUGGAGGAGUCCAUCACCAAGACGUCAGACAAGGGCAAGGAGGUGGAAAAGGACCCCAUGGAGCAAACAUACCGCUACGACCAGGCUGACGCUCUCAACCGACAGGCCGAGCACAUUUCGGACAAUAUUUCGCGAGAAGAGGUGGAUAUCAAGACGGACGAGAACGGCGAGUUUGCAUCGAUUGCGCGCCAGAUUGCGUCUUCGCUGGAAGAGGCCGAUAAGUCGAAGUUUGAAAAGUCAACCUUCAUGAACCUGAUGCGGCGAAUCGGCAACCACGAAGUCACUUUGGAUGGAGACAAAUUGGUCAACAAGGAAGGAGAGGACAUCCGAGAGGAAGUCAGAGACGAGCUACUUCGAGAGGGUGCUUCUCAGGAGAAUGGAUUCCAGUCCGAGGCUCAACAGACUGCUCCCCUUCCUGUUCAUCAUGAAGCCCCUCCACCUGAACAAAUUCAUCCUCAUACCGAGACUGGAGACAAACAGCUGGAGGAUCCCAUGGUGUACAUUGAGCAGGAGGCAGCUCGUCGGGCUGCCGAGUCUGGACGAACUGUCGAGGAGGAAAAGCUCAACUUCUACUCGCCCUUUGAGUACGCCCAGAAGCUGGGCCCUCAGGGCGUUGCUAAGCAGAGCAACUGGGAGGAGGACUACGACUUUUGA